AAACUUAGAGGCAUGAACAGUGUGAGCUGACGUAGGUUCCUUAAGUUCUCCCUCCUAGUGUGUGUUACUCAUUUCUCCAGCGUCUCAGAGAAAGCACACUCAAAAAUGAAGACCUUGGUAGUGGCCUUGAUUCUUAUGGUGGCUUUGGCUAUUUUUACUGAUGCCUCCCCAAUUCUGCCUGAGAAACAAGCCAAACAGGUCUUAAGAGCCAAGCGAUCAGAAAGAGAAAGAAAAGCUGGACAUCGCGAUGAACCAAUGAGGGAAUAUCUGCUCUACCUUCAGCGCCUGGAACAGAGAUCCGAAGAGCAGUUCUUUGAACACUGGUGGAACCCUCAUUGCCAGCCUCACUGCAAUCGCAACAUUGUCAACCCUGUCUAAUUCACUUUGGAAAAGGGCCUCGAUUUGAACGAAGAAGAUAAGAGGAUGUGAAAUGUAAAUGAAGAAGAAAUCUGCCUCCAUAUUUAAAUUACACUUAACAUAAACCAACACUUAUUAUUCAACAGUUGAGUUAGUACUAAUAGAACACUGCAUGGGACUAGCCUAUAAUAUACUUUACCUUUGACUCAAAAGGGGCCACUCUAUAGCAAUCAGAUGAUGGCUUUCAAACAACAGACCAGUAAUUGUUAUCUGGAUGCUAAGGGUAACUAUGUAAUGUAGAAAAUGAACA